AUGUCGCGCAGACCACUCGCCGAGAACGUUCCGACGGCAGCUCCUCACGUCAGCGUCGUGCGUCGACCACUCGGUCCCAGUACAAAAUCCAAUGUUGUCCCCACCACAACUUCCGCAGCCGCACCAACACACGCGAUCAAGACCCAGCUGAAGAUCGAAGAUCGACUCAUCAGGGCAGAGUCCAGGAUUCAGGACUUGCAGCACGAAAAGGUCACUGUUCAGAAUGAACUCGGCGACUUGCAAACCGAACUACGACUCGCGGCACAGCGCGAAGCAAAGCUCAAACACAGCCUCGAAAAGUGGGAAAAGUCUCAUGCUGCACUGAAAGAGAAGAGCAGCAAGCUAUCGGACUUACAGUCGAGACUGGGAGAGCUGCAUAGGGUGCACGAAGAGUCAAAAGCAAGGAGGCAGAAGGAGAUCGACGAGCUUACCGAGAAGCUGCACAAGGAGGAGGAAAGGCGCAAGCAUGACACCACCGAAGCUGCCCACGCGGUUGCUGCCGAAAAAGCAAGAGCGCGCGAGCUGCAGACGAGGUAUGCCGCCAUCGAGUCCGAGUUGGAGGCUCUUCGACUGCAAGGAACCGCCUCGCACGACGUUCUGAAACAGAAGCAGAGCUUGAUCGACGAUUUGCAGGCUCAGAGAGAUUCGGACAAGAUCAUCGCUAUCGACGCGCAAAAGUAUGCUCGAAGGAUCGAAGUGGAGCUUACCGCCCAGAUUCAACAGCUUAAAGCCGAGAUCGAAGCGAAGAGUGAUCAAGCCGCACAGAUCGCACACGAGCAGCAGGCAGUAACUGAUGCAGCGCGCUCCGAACUCGAGUCUCGCAUCGACGACCUCCUGAACGACAUGGACGAUAUCGAGCAGCAACACACACACAAUCUCGCCAUGGUCGCCAAAGCAGUCUCGAUGCACAUCGGCACCGUGCAGCAGCGAUUGGAGCUCGACAAGGACUCGUUGAGGUCCAUGUGGCAUGCAAACGCCACCGAACGUAUCAAGAUCGAGACAGUCGCAGAGGAGCGAGCUGCCCAGAUCCACGAGCUCGUAGCCGUCGUCAAGCAGGUGCAGCAAGAUCGAGACUCUGCCAAACAGCUUGCGACGACUCUCGAAGCGGACCUUGACAGCAUCGCUGCCGAGCUUGCUGCCGAACGUCGGCUCGCUUCUCGCCUCAUCGAGCAGCAAGAAGAACGACAGCAACGCAGCAGCGUCGGCGAGAGCUCGAGCUGGGGCGAUCUUUCCGGCCUCACCGAAGCACUCGACAUAGAUGCAGGAUCCGCUUGCUCCGUGAGGGCGGAGCUUGAGGACGCACUUGCGCGGAAUGCUUUGCUCCAGGACGAAGCUGCGGAACUGCAAGCCAGGUGCAUUGCACGCUCCACCGAGGCCAAAUCCGCCGAAGAGGCUCUUGCCGCCACACGCAGUCAAGUGGCAACCCUCGAGGCCUCGAUCGCAGCCAAGACACGAGAAAUCGACACCCUUGUACAACAGCUAUCCGAAAUCGAGCCGCUUCGGAAGCGACUCGCCACUGCAACCGAGCAAGCCUCUUCGGCGCGCAAAGAAGCCGACACCCAAUCCGAAGCAUGCCGUUCCCUCGCCGCCUCUCUGCAGAACGCCAGGGUCGCCGAAAAAGCAUGGCGAGACGAUCGCGAUCGCAUGGCGUCCAUGCUCAACCAAGCCGAACACUACGAGGCCCUCUACAACGAGCUCGUCGAGCAAACCAAGCACCUCGUCCAACGCAACGCACUGGCCGAGGAGCAGGUCGCCAGCCUGUCGGCGCUCAACUCGGAGCUUCUGAGCCACAACAAUCCGAACCAGAAGAUCAUGUACAUGGAUCGCGUGCGUCACGAACUGGACGAUGUCAAGCACGAAAACAUCGACCUGAGGUGGCAGCUCGAACGCGCGCAGGAGGAGAACCGGGUGCUGCAGAGGGAGUUGGUCAGCUACAGGGCGGUGGACGCGCCGUUGAGUCAGAGGCCGAGGGCGGAGGUGACGAGGGUGAUGAGGGCGGGGGAUCACGAGGGGUUGUUGAGGCAGGUCUCGGGGAGUUUGGAGCAGCCAACGAGGGCGACGUUUGGAUCGGCAGCGACGAUGGUGGGUACGCCAGUCAGAUCGACCUUCGCAACGGGGCCCGCCAAAACACCCUUCUCGGUGCAAGGUCCCAGAUUCACGGCCGAACCGCUGCAAGCUGAUCUGGUCAAAUCGCUUUCGCAAGAUGUUCGUCAGCAGCCAGCAGAGCCGGUGCAGGAGACGUACGAGACGGGAGCGGAAGCAAGCUCGCAUCCGCCGCUGCCUAUGGACACUGGUUUGUCGCCGAAGAAGAGACGCUCGUACGGCUCGCUCUCGGUCUACGCUGCGGAGGCUCGGCCUGAACAGGGCGAGCAAGUAGACGAUCAAGGCGAGCCCGACGACGACACGCUGCUUCCCCUCCCGACCGCUACAGACGCUGACGAGGACCACGAAAGAGCCGUUCGUCGCAACCGUCCGCGUCACACGCUCGUCAACAGUGGCGCACUCCGCGUCGGUCAGCAGCAGCCUUCCUCCAUCCCCGUCGCUACGCCCGUCGUCAAAUCCGAGUCGACCCCAGCCAUUCCAGGCGCUGCCACCAUCACAAAUGCAGGAAACGGAAGACGUCCGAGCCUCACCACCUCUUCUCUCGGUAUCAAAGCCCGUCGAGUAUCGGAACUGGUUCGAGCCUCUACACCACCGCUUCCCUCGAUCGCGGACUUUUCCUCGCUCGAGACGCCCAACCACCUCCUCACCGCCGCCCUCCCCUCCCCCUCUCUAUACGGUCUAGCUGACUGGACAGCUACCGACGAGACAUCCCACGUCCCCGGUCUCAACCCGCACCGUGGCCCGUUCGCCCCCUCCUCCUCAACCGGCCUCACCCAUUCCACCCCGCUUCCCGCACCUUCCGCCAAACGUCCCAAAUCGCGCUACUCGAACGCCCAACGCAUCCCCUCCACCACCAUCCCCGACUCUUCCCUCUCCAUCACACCACGAGCACCACUCAGCCUCCUGUCAAACCGCAAACCCGCUCGAGUGCAAGUGGCGGAAGCAGGUCAAACCACCUACGAGGAUGAACACGAUUCGUUCCGAAACGGUUGGCUCUACGAUGAUCGGGAUGACGACGUGGUGGAUCUGCCAGAUUUCUCCAUCGAGGAUCAGAAGAGGAAGGCGUCGACUGCGGCGGGGGUGAAAAAGGUCAAGUCGAAGGCGAAGUCGAGGCAUUCGAUGAAGUUGGUCAAGUCUGGACCUAUGGCCAGGACGUUCUUCCGUUGA